AUGCUACUGUUGGAGACCUGCAGCUCUUCAGUGAUGAACCAACGGGAUCCAGUCAACCUGCAGAUGAUCAGCAACCUCACCUUGCUCUGGCAGACGGCUGUGUACUACACCUCACUGCUGACCUCUGCACCUGCCUUCCCCUUAGCCAGCCUCCCAGACAGAUUCCUUUGCUACCUGAGCCCCUCAGCAGUGAGCAACCUGAGCAGAGAUGAUGCUUUGAGCUUGGCCCAGAGGAUCAGUAAGAACUGCCCCUUGAACCUGACACGUGGAGGAACAGCUAGAGAGAGAGCUCCCUCCUCCCUGACAACAGAGGAGCUGCAGGUUGCAUCCUCUCUGGUGAGGAAGUUUGAGCAUUUCCCUCCUGCAGUCCUGCGUGCCCUGGGCCAGGCUGCAGUGGGGCUCUCUGUGUCUGACAUUGAAAACAGCAUCAGUGAGGAAGACCUUGCAGCAUCUCUUCCUGUGCUGGGUGAAGUUCAUGGCUGGAACGUUGAGCAGUCCAGUGCUAUUAUCAACAAACUGCUCAGCUCUGGCUACCAGAUCCCUGAUGGACAGAGCCUGGCAAGGCUGGGGAGCUUGGUGGCUGGCCUCAACACCAGCAGGCUUCAAAGUCUGUCUCCAGAAGUGAUCUUGGAAGCCAUCAAGUUGCCCAAGUUUGUUCAGCAAAUGGUGAACCUGCCCUCUGCUCUGAAAAGGACCUUUGUGGAAAAGAUUUCCUCCAGCAUAGGCCACCCUGCUGACCUGGUUAAAUACAUCCCUGAUGCUCUGGCCAGCUACGUUCCAAAAUCAUUGCUUGUUUUUGGGGAAGAGAAGCCCAACAUUCAGGAUCUCAACAGUAAAACGUGGACCCGAGAGCAGGCUGCCAUGUUUUUCAGUGAUGUGAUAAAGACAGAGCCUGACUUCAGCAGACUUUCCCAGUCAGUCCUCCAAGGCUUCACAUGUGCAGCUGCCAACGAGAUGGCAGCAGAAAGAUUUCAAGAGCUGGCCAAAGUCAUGAAGAAGAAGAAUGUCAAGCUAGGAGAAGACCAGCUGAGCUGCUUGGUGAAGCUGGUGACUCUGCACGGGGUUCCCAAGGAUUUAGAUAGUUAUCCUACAGACCUGUUGCUGUUUUUAAGGCCUCCUGAAAGGUGGUCAGCUUUUACCUUGAAUGAGCUCAGUGGUUUGAUUCCUGUCCUUGAUCACAGCAUCUUGCAGAAGAUCCCCAAGGAUGCUUUAACUCUUUGGCUGAAAGACUUUGCACGUGACUCUCCUCUGUCGAGGGACGAGCUGGCCACCGUGGCCAAGGAGCUCCUGCCUAGGAGGCAGAAACGUGCCACAGAUUGCCCACCUGACCAGAAGAUAACGGAGGCAGUUCUUAAUAACAACUUGAUGCCUAUUUUCUACCCCCCUGACCUGCUCCGUGCGUGCCUGAAGAACGUCUCUCUGGAGAACCACCUCUCUCAGGUUGUGACCUAUGCCUUCAGUGUGGAGCAAUUAGCUGUGCUGAAGGACUAUCUGGAUGAGACAUAUCCUGAUGGGUAUCCAGAAAGUCUGCUCCCCAGCCUGGGGCCCCUGACUGCUCUCUUCACCCCUGAGGACAUUUCCAAGUGGAAGAUAACUUCAGCUGACACGCUGGCCCGCUUGCUAGGAAACAACCCCCCUUAUGCUCAGGCUUCUGCCAUCAUCAGGCGUUACAUUGGCUUGGGAAAUCCUCUCAACACCACUGCACUGAAUGCCAUUGGCCCCAGCUACAUGUGCCUCCUAAAUGAGACUGAGCUGAACAGGAUAGACCCCAGCAGCCUGAAACUGGCAUCCCUGAACAUUUCAAACUGUUCACAGACAACAAAAAACAUCUUGUAUGCUAAAGCCAAACAGGCUUUCUCCAGCCAGCCUUUUCCUGCUUACUAUGAGCUUAUUGCACCAUACCUGGAGGGUGCUCCUGGUCAGGAUCUCAAAGCUCUAAGUGAGCACAAGGUGAACAUGAACAUCAGUACUUUUGUGAAGCUAAGAAAGGAUGCUUUGAUGAGCCUGACGCCCUCUGAGGUUCAGGGCUUGCUGGGGGUGUAUCUCCCUGAUCUGAAGCAAUGGCAGAACAAGCCUCCCAUCUGGGAGUGGGUCCAGAGGCAGCAACAAUCAGAGCUGGAUAAACUGCAUAUUGGGCUCACUGGAGGAACCCAAGAAGGCUACAUCAACAUCGUCACGCCCAAAUUUCAGU